UCUCCCAAAAUAUUCUAAAUACACAAAGAGUUGUUCUUGGAUCAUCGAGACAUCUUUGGGGAACGCGACCUCCACAAACAUUUUAGAUUAUUGGGUUACGAAUAGGCCAUCAAGAGAAGAUAUGUCAUGGCUGCAUAUUAUGCCUUUGAGAAGACGUUCCUUUCAAGCUCAAAAAACUAUUAUGGUAGAAGGUAGUGUCAAAGUUUUAGGUGGAAGUAUGACUUCUCCUAUUGAAUUCGUCAAACACUGGGAAGAUAUAGCAGUCGCUGAGUUUCAACAAGACUCCUCCGUGUUAGUCCUUACAGUUUCGGGCAUCGCGAUCGAGAUCAAGUUAUCGCAUGACUUUCUUCACCAACACGUUCUAAUGCAGUUACAGGAUAACGAGACACUCUUUUGUUUUAAUGUGAAAUUUAGUCCAAAAUUAUUUAUAAAUCCAUACACCAGAAAACAAAGGAUACCUUGCAGAGAAACAAGAUAUCCCAAAUUUGGUUUGUUAACGAGUUUUUGUGUACAGUUUAAAAAUGAAAGUCCUAUAGCAUCCAGAUUGCUGUGGUACCUAAGAUUCGUUGAUUUUACCAUUGUUCAUGCUCAUUUGAAAAUCAGUGAUCAACUCCAGGAAAUGGAUUUGAAAAUUAACAAUUUUGAUAUUGCUUAUGCUUGGAGGUCUCUCUGUUGUCAGGGAUAUAAGCUAAUCGACCAAUUAAGCACACGUGUUGUGAACGAAAUCAUACAAGAGAAUUGUAGAUAUUCUGACGUGUUCACCACGAUGGCGGAAACUGUUGCCGGAAAACCAUUUUUUCAUUUCAAGGAGGAAAUGCAAGGUGCAAUCAAACUGACAGAAAGGGUUGAAUUUACCAAUAAAGUUCCCCAGAACUAUACAAUGGUUCGAAGAGCUGUACUUACGCCGUCCAGACUAAUUUUACUGUCUAAGGAACCAGUAUAUUAUAAUAGAAUUUUACGCCAGUACAAUGCUGAUUAUUUCAUACGAAUAGUUUAUAGAGACGAAGACUUUGACAAAGUAUGUGGUUUAAAAUCCAGCAGACCUCAUUUAAUGUUGGAGGACAUGAAACAGCAUUUUGUUAAUGGUUUUACAAUUCAUGACCGUCAUUACGAUUUUCUCGGAUGUUCAAACAGCCAACUUCGAGAACACAGCUUUUGGUUUUUCAGUUCGUAUGAUGGAAUCACAGCUGAAUUCAUCAGACAAAGCUCUGGUGAUCUAUCCAAGGAACGAUGUGUUGCAUCUUACGUGUCACGAUUUGGCCUUUGCUUUUCUUCUUCUUGGAAUACACUAAGUAUUGAAGAGCACCAAGAAGUUCGUUUUGAAAAAGAUGUAACAAGAAACGGAUACUGUUUCACAGAUGGCAUUGGAAAAAUUUCCAAAAGUCUUGCAGGAAAGGUUGCCAAAAGUAUGGGUUUAAAUACUGUUCCUUCAGCUUUUCAAAUACGUUUCGGUGGAUGUAAAGGAGUAAUUGCUAUAGAUCCAUCGUUAGGAGAGGAUAGAGAAAUACUUGUUAUACGGGAAAGUAUGAAAAAGUUUGAUUCAAACUCGAGAAGUCUGGAGGUACUGCAAAAGUCGCGGCCAGGGACACUAUCAUUUUCAUCGAACAUUUUCUUCAGAAAUUAA